AUGACUCAGCUGAUGGGAGGAGAAAUUGUUAUUUCGGAGUAUGAAGAGGAAGCAUCUUUAAUAUGGAAAGGAGUAAGGUCUAAAUACAAAAGUACUCUGGGACUUGUAAAGAGUAUUGAUCUCUCAAAUAAUAAGUUGACUGGGGAGAUUCCUAGUGAAAUCACUGAUCUUGUUGGUUUGAUUUCUUUAAACCUGUCGAGAAACCAAUUAACAGGUCAAAUACCUCCAAGGAUUGGAAUGUUGCAAGAGUUAGAUUCCCUUGAUUUAUCAAGAAACCAGAUUAAUGGUAGAAUUCCAAACAGUCUAUCUCGAAUAGAUCGUAUUGGUUACUUGGACUUGUCAGAAAACAACUUGUCUGGAAAAAUUCCAAUAGGCACCCAGCUCCAAAGCUUUGGUCCAUCUUCUUAUGGUGGAAAUCCUCUACUUUGUGGACUGCCACUCGUAAGGACAUGCGAUGAGGACGAAGAAGGUCCGAGACAAACUGUGUUGGUGAAUCAAGACGAUCAAGAUGGGCUCAUAACGCAAGGAUUUUACAUCAGCUUGGGGCUUGGGUUUGCUGUUGGAUUUUGGGGAGUUUUUGGCACUCUUCUAUUCAACAGAUUGGUUGUACGUGAAGGCAGAAAUCAUCAGGCAAAGGGUGCCUAA